GUAUUUCGCAAGAAACAGACACGCACAUCUCACCCGCAUCGGACACAAGUGUCAAGCGCGUUACUAGUACAUGCGCGUUUAAUCGUUUCUAGUGCAUUAGUCUGCAGUGCAAUUAUCGCACAGGCGUGUGAGGGCGUGUUAUCGCGUCGCUUUGUUUCGUCGUUGCCCUACGAACUGUGCCGUUAAAGCAAGGCGCACGCACACAACAUGCUGCUGUCCCAUAUAGUCCUGAUCGUAAUCCUGGCGGGUGUAUGUAUACCGUCCUUGGCCUUGGCCGAUACGAGUCCUAUCUUCCCUACCAACAAGCUGACCAUUGCGGAAGGUGCCGGUUUCCUUGCGUUUUUAAAUCCCAACGGUGGAACCGAGCUACUGCGCCAGUCGCGCGUGAUCACUGGCGCCAGCCCCUGGAUACACUGCUCCGUGUCGGUCAACAAUGUGCAGUACAGUUUGGACAGUGAUCAGGUGCAUCGCAUCGGGGACAAAACGACCGUCGAACGGUACGAUACGGAGCGUUGCGGUGUGAGGGUUAAAAACCUCCAGAAGGCUCUCGAAGCCAACUGGACUUUGUACGGCACUGAUCAGACGGGGCAAGAGAAAACUGGCAUCCUUGAAGUGACCGUUACGUCGAUAAAGUUCAUCGACGAGCUGAACGUUACCGUGAGUGGAUCGGCGUCCACGGCUACAGUCAACUGUCCGGACAAGGACGGUUCCCGGUACUGUCGCAUCAUCGAUGCCGACCAGGUCGUGUCCGAAUCUUGCACCAAAACGGUCGAUCUUACCCAACAGAUUAGCCACUUUUGGUGCCACACGAUGUUCUGGGGCGCAAUGACGGAGCGGAUCACCAAGAUCAACUUGAUCGUGCAAGAGGACGACCGUGACGUGAAGGCAACGGUGGUGGAAACGGAGGACCAUAUCGUGCUGUCUUGCAAGUACCGCUCAACGGUUUCGCUGUGCCGCGCCUUAUCGGAGACAGAUAAUCGCCAGUACUUGCUGCUUGAUGGGCAUCUCUCCGGGCGUUACUCGGCGUACAAUACAAAAAUUUCGACCGGUCUCUGCUCGCUGGAGAUCAAGAAACCACUCGCCCCGGCAGACGUUGGCGUGUGGCGCAUCUACCAGCAGCUCAACCCGAACGACUACACCGGCUGCGUGUUUGACGUGAAAAGCAAACGCCUCGCCAAAGCCCGGCAACUCAUACGCACCCGCGGGCCAACCGCUAAAAGCAACCGACUGGAGCUGACCGCCACCGACAUCGAGAUCUUUCACGAUCCACGAUCGUCCAGCGCCACGGUAACGGAGCUGACCUGUGCGGUACCGUACGAGAUGGACUAUUGCUACCUUUCCGGGCCGACUGCCGGCGACUAUGCGCCGCAACGGUUCGAUCGGUUGAAAUCGCUCGGCCUGUGCCGGUUCGUGGUGACCAACAUUACGAGCGGCGUGUGGGCCUGCGGCAUUAACGAUCUCGACGGGGCGGAAGAUCACCUCACGUACUACAAUGUGAGCGUGUACCAGCAGCCGGGGCGCACCGUUACCGAGCAGCUGACGGCCAGCAGUGGCGAUCGCGAGCAGCGCCUGCUUUGUCGUACCAUUUUGGACCUGCCGAUCGAUAUCUGCCGGUUUGUGGAUCCGUCCGGCGAGGUGCACGGUGUUUCGAACCAGAUCAAACCAUCCACCGAUGCGCGAUACCGGUACUACGGCAAGGGAUUGCGCGAGGGCGAAUGUGGGCUGGAAAUUGUUGAGCUGCAGGAUAAAGACUUUGGCCGGUGGAAGUGUGCGUUCAAGGUGCGCGGCCGGGAGUACGAAAUUUCGAUGGACAUUGUUGAAGAAGCUAUGAGCGUUGGUGCGAUCAUAGGAAUCAGUAUUGCGGCUACAAUCGGGCUCGGUAUCAUCGGAAUCUUUGCCUACCGCAAGCUUAAUCGCCGUUACACCGGACCCACAUACACGGUCUCGUCCAGCAUGGCGAACGUUUCGACCGCGUCGCACCAGUCGUGAGAGGAGCGGACCUGCUUAACCCACCAAUGCGUGCGUUUGAGUGCCCGUGUGUUCGUUAUUUUGUUACCAGUGUUCACGUGUUUUGAAUGUUCUUUUCGUCGUUUAAAUAAAAAAGAAAAGUAUUAUUUUCCUGGA